CCCCGGGGAGCGCGAGGAGCCGGCAAGCGCGCGGCCUGCCGUUGGCGGCCUAGUCCGUGGCGCUUGGCGCCCACCCGCCCCGCAGGUGGGGCCCAAGCCCCCGGGAAGAUGGUGUCCUGGAUGAUCUCCAGAGCCGUGGUGUUGGUGUUUGGAAUGCUUUAUCCUGCAUAUUAUUCCUACAAAGCUGUGAAAACAAAAAACGUGAAAGAAUAUGUUCGAUGGAUGAUGUACUGGAUUGUUUUUGCUCUCUAUACUGUGAUUGAAACAGUUGCAGAUCAAACAGUUGCUUGGUUUCCCCUGUAUUAUGAACUUAAGAUUGCUUUUGUCAUAUGGCUGCUCUCUCCCUAUACCAAAGGAGCAAGUUUAAUAUAUAGAAAAUUUCUCCAUCCACUUCUUUCUUCAAAGGAAAGGGAGAUUGAUGAUUACAUUGUUCAAGCAAAGGAGCGAGGCUAUGAGACUAUGGUAAACUUUGGACGUCAAGGUUUAAACUUAGCAGCUACUGCUGCUGUCACCGCAGCCGUGAAGAGCCAAGGAGCAAUAACUGAACGUUUAAGAAGUUUCAGUAUGCAUGACUUAACAGCCAUUCAAGGUGAUGAGCCAGUAGGGCAGAAACCUUACCAACCUCUGCCAGACGCAAGAAAGAAAAGUAAACCAGCACCCAGUGAAUCAGCAGGGUAUGGAAUUCCACAGAAAGACAGAGAGGAGAAAACAGACGAGGAGAAUGGGCCAUACUCAGAUGACGAGAUGUUAACACAUAAAGGACUUCGAAGAUCGCAAAGCAUGAAAUCCGUGAAAACUGUCAAAGGCCGAAAAGAGGUGCGGUAUGGGUCACUGAAAUACAAAGUGAAGAAGAGACCGCAGGUGUAUUUUUAGCCAUCUGCCCUUCAAGUACUCUGAAGAAGAAUUACACUAAUACAUCAACUUCAUUUUCAAAUAUUAUGUAUUCAAGA